UAGGCGGCCUGAGGGUAUAUAAGCUCGGGUUCUCCACGCCGUUCAGAGGUUUCUUGAACCUAGUGUGAUCAAGUCAAGUCGCUCGAGCGGUAACAGGUCUUCGUUGAACCUUCAAAAUGAAAAUCGCAUUGCUGUUGGCCCUGGUCUGCGUCGGAUAUGCGUCCGCGCGCCCGCAAGAAUUCGUGGAACUCAUCGGGUCAGACGUAAUUCCCGGCGAAAACAUCAUUCCUGGCGUGAAUUUGGUCGAAGGUGUUGCCGUUACUGAUCUGAUCGGUGAUGCUCAUCACUACGGAGGCCAUGGCGGUUAUGGCUACAGAGGCGGAUACUACACCAACCAUUUCAGACCCUAUGGUGGAUACGGUGGCUAUGGAGGCUACAACCGCCCCUACGGUGGAGGCGGCUACUAUGGCGGCUAUGGAAACGCAUAUGGGAAUCGCAGGAGUAAGUGCUAA